UUUAAAAUUCGUUUUCAUUAUAGCGCUUUUUAACAUCCGGGAGUUUGAUAUUCAUCACGCGUUUCAUUCAGCACUUCUCUUUCCUUCGGGCUGGUUCGACUCAUUUUCAGAAAAUUUAUAAACAUGUCGGGACGAGGUGGUGGACGAGGCGGAGGCGGUGGAAGGCGGUUUGGUAACGAAGAGGAACAAAGUAGAAAAUUAUUUGUUGGAGGAAUAUCAUGGGAUACGACCGAUGAAAGUUUAAAAGAUUAUUUUGCGCAAUACGGAAAAAUUACAGACUCUGUUGUUAUUAAAGAUAAAAAUUCACACACUCAAAGGUCGAAGGGAUUUGGGUUUGUAACUUAUGAAACAGAGCAAGAAGCAGAUGAAUGCAUGAAUAAUCGACCCCAUGAACUUCAAGGAAGACCUGUCGAUGUCAAGAGAGCAGUUUCACGAGAAGAAUCUGAUAAACCUGGCGCCCAUGUUUCUGUCAAAAAGAUUUUUAUUGGAGGUUUGAAAGACCAACUUGCUGAAGAAGAUAUCAGAGGUUACUUUGAACAAUUCGGUGUGAUAGACACGAUAGAAAUAAUGAAAGAAAGGGGAACCACCAAAUCAAGAGGGUUUGGUUUCAUCACAUUUGCAGAUUUCGAUACUGUGGAUAAACUCGUCGCCAAGAGACAUCACGAAGUAAUUCCGGGAUGUCGGUGCGAAGUCAAGAAAGCUUUAUCAAGGGCUGAGAUGGACAAAGCCAAGGCAGACGCUGAAGUAAAAGCGCAACGAGAUGGCUAUUCUGGUGGAGGUGGUGGUUAUGGAGGCUACGGAGGUGGAGGCUUCGGUGGUGGGGGUGGAUAUGGUGGAGGAGGAUCUAAUGGAUAUGGCGGAAGAGCAGGUGGACGCGGAGGAGGUGGGGGAUACGGAGGUUAUGGUGACAGCGGAGGCGGAUAUGGUGGAGGUGGAUAUGGCGGAGGCGGCUAUGGCGGAGGAAGUAGUUAUGGCGGCUUCAGCGGUGGAUAUGAAGGGUAUGGAGGUGCUGCAGGAGGAGGUGGUGGAUAUAGUGGAGGUUAUGGAGCUGAUGGGAAUGGAUAUGGAGGAUCUGCUUACGGGUCGAGUUAUGGCGGAGGAUCCACUAGUUAUGGACCAAUGAAAACAGGACAAUACAGCCAAAGAUCAUCAGGACCUUAUGGAGGUGGUUAUGGAAGCAGUGGAGGAGGAGGCGGAGGUAGUUAUGGUGGUGGAUAUGCAGGGGGGCAAGGCGGUGGAUAUGGGCAAGGUGGAGGUUAUAGUGGGGGCGGAGGUGGCGGUGGAUACAAUAGAUACUAAUGCAUCAUUCCAAUUCAACAAGCGAUACAAAUUUCUGAAAAAGGUAGGGAAAGUAGGUGUCAUCAGAUUGUUAAGGCUUCCACUAGCCUAGGGCUUCAGCUAGCAAACUUAUUCAACGAAUCCUGUAGAAAUAGGCAACUUCAAACGAUAAAUUGAUGAUAAGAGUAGGAGACAACGAUAGGAAGAUUUCAACAUUAACCCUGUAGGGUUAGAGAAUGAGCAGAAACCAACUUUUAGGGAUUUGUCCCUAGUUUGAGGGAAUUUUCCCCAAGUCCCUGGUUUAAGGGAUUAUGUCAAUAAAAUAUGGAAUUGAUCUAUUUGACUAUUUGUGAAUAAUCAAUACUGUUAGGGAGUUGUCCCUAGAUGAUGAAAUUUUUUUCUUCGAUAUAUCUCAUUAGAAUGUGGGAUCAAUUUCUGAUUAUUUAUGGUUCAGCGUUUCAACUUUGUCCCUACGUCGAGGGGUUUAUUUCAAAAUCACUGAAUCGAUCUCUUUAGAACCGGAUUAUAGCCAAAACUUUGAUUCUUUGACUAUUUAUUAAUAUUGUUUUUUUAUGAAAUGACAAAUUCCAUUCCUGACGUCAUUAGUGGUUCUAUAUGAUAUUUGUAGGCAAAAUAAGUUAACCUUCGUUUUUACCUGGUUAGCUGUAGACAAAGACUAGAACAAAAUUUGUGGGACUGAAUAAAACAGAUAUUUUUGGCAAAAAUACGGUAAUUUGAAAGUCCCUGUUAAUGCGUUAUGUUGUCUACCGUAGUAGUAGUAGUUAAAAAGCCUGUUGAAAAUACUUUCAAAUGGAUAUUCUGAUUUGUUUUGAAGUCUGUACCGUUCUACUAUAUUUAAAUAAUCUGUAUUUUCUACAAAGGAAGCUGUAGCAAUUUGAGGCCCGAAAUACUGUACAGUCGUGUAAAUUUGUAUCAUAAUCGCCAUUUCCCUACCUUUUUCAGAAGCAUAUUCAGCCCCCUGCCCAUGCACCUUGUCAUCGUGAAACAUAUUUCUUAUCCCACUGCGUCUCUGUGAACUUGCGCGUUUUAUGCUUAAUGUGUUUGAAGCUUAAAUUUCAAGCUGACUUAUUUCUCUCAAUUUUUACGUCCUUUUUCGCCAUGUAAUAAACUUUCUGAAAGAA